AUGGAGGAUCGUGAUCGCAUAAGGAAAUUUCGAAGUCAGGCCAGGUCGUCGAUAACCCGAACGGUGAACGAUCUGAAGACGCUUUUGACUACGACCCCUCUUCCCAGAGAGCAACUGAAGCAAACCUUGACGGUUCUGGAAACGAAGUGGGUCAUCUUGAAGAAGAUUCCUAGAGACCUCGAAAUGGACUUCUACCGAACCAAGGACAAAGGCAAGGACACCAACGGCGACUCUUUAUCAUCCCUACUAGAUUUCCUGGAGAAUGAGAUUGAAUGUCGGGAACGAGCCCGAAGUGAGGCAGAUGACGUUCCCAAGCGCAGGGAAGCGACCCCAGCCUCUGCAUCUUCGCUGACAGCAACCGCGUCGUCUGUCUCAGAUCCAGCACCUGCAAUGGCUGCCCCAAGCACUCCUACGUGUGUGCUUUGCAAGUCCGGACAGCAUCGAUUGGAGGGAUGCACUGCUGGUUUGAGCCCUGAGGAAGUACGACUGAUCCUGCGCCGGGAGGGCAGGUGUUUCCUUUGCGGACGACGGUCGCACAUAUCGAAGGAUUGCAGGGUAAGGCGGGUCUUGCAGUGUGAUCGCUGCCAUAGACGUCAUCUUACUCAGCUGUGCCCCGGAGUCAACUCGUCGUCUCCGCAGUCGUCUCAGUCUACAGCACAACAGCCGUCGACGGUGCAUGCGUCUACGGGAACUGUUGUGACAUCUCUUUCGUCAUCCUCUGCCGUUUUGCCAGGCACGGCGGUCCUUCUGCAAACAGCCAAGGUGUGGAUUGAAGGAACUGAUGGCCGGAGAAGUCUCGCACGCAUACUUCUGGAUGGCGGCAGCCAACGCAGUUUUAUUCGACAGGAUGUGCCGACGAAGCUCGGAUGUACACUGCUUCGAUCCGAAGAUUUGCAUGUUGGGGCCCUUGGAAACAGUGCGUCAAGCUGCACGAAGUAUCGAUGCGUGCGGGUUUUCUUGCGCAGCCAAUUUUCGGCAUCAUGUAUGGCAAUCGAGGCGGUUGAAUACCCCGACAUCUGCUCCGAUGGAUUGCCUGUUCUCGAUUCGCAUUCAGCGCAACACGUCAAGAAUAUGGGUCUACAGCUUGCUGACGAGCCCUCAUCUCCCACCGAUAUUUCAUUAUUGAUUGGAGCGGACUUUUAUUGGGGAGCUGUGACUGGAGCAACCGCCCGUUUAUCAGAUUACCUGGUGGCUGUUGAAACUCUGUUUGGGUGGACGAUUCAAGGCUCAGGCAGAAAUGCUAGCGGUGUUCACUGUCGCAUCCCGUCGGUUCAUGUUCUCCAUGUUGAGGUGCACCAGGAAGAUACCAACGUCAUCGACCAGCAACUCUCCGCCUUUUGGGAGUUAGAGCAUUUGGGCAUAAUUGAUCGCCACCAGUCCGACAGAGGCUACCAUCAGUAG